AGAAAGUUAAAACUUACAAGAAUAAAACUGUCUUCAGAAUUUCCUUCCUCAUUAACUGAAUCAAACUUGUUCAUCUGGAUUUCUUAAUUCUAAGUCAUAAAAAUGACUACAUUUUCUUCCUCUGUUUUUCCUAGUAGCUGGGGCUUGUAUGACUCUAGAAUGUCUCAGUAUGGAGAUUAUUGGAGGGAGAAAAAUGCAGCCUCACUCCAGGCCAUUUAUGGCUUCCAUCCAAUAUGGCGGCAACCAUGUUUGUGGUGGAGUCCUGAUCCACCCACAGUGGGUGCUAACAGCAGCCCAUUGCCAUUCUUGGUUUACCAAAGGCCAGACCCCCACAGUGGUUUUGGGAGCACAGUCUCUCUCAAAGAAUGAGCCCUCCAAGCAAACGUUUGAAAUUAAAAAAAAAAUCAUACCAUUCUCAAGAUUGCCAUCACGAUCUAGAUCGAAUGAUAUCAUGCUGGUAAAGCUUCACACAGCUGCAGAAGUCAACAAGCAUGUCCAGCUACUCUUCCUAAGAUCCAAAAACUAUAUUAGACAUGGAGCCAAAUGCCAGGUUACUGGCUGGGGAGCCACUGACCCAGAUUCAUCGAACACCUCUGAUAUGCAAGAAGUCACCGUUACUGUCAUCAGUCGAAAACAUUACAACAGCCAAAGCUAUUACAACCACAGUCCUGUUAUAACCAAAGACAUGAUAUGUGUGGGAGACGUGAGAGGCCAGAAGGAUUCCUGCCAGGGAGACUCAGGUGGUCCCCUGAUCUGCAGAGGUAUCUACCAUGCUAUCGUCUCUGGAGGUCAUAAAUGUGGUAUUGCCACGAAGCCUGGAAUCUACACCCUGCCAACCAAGAAAUACCAGGCUUGUAUCACAAGCAAGCUUGCCCCUUCUUGCACAUGUUGAAACUGCAGAUGACUUUCUCACAUCUCCCAGCUCCUUGCUUCAUUUUUCCCACAUGGUAUUCUUAGAGAAAUGGCAGGAUGUACAUA